GGCCGCGCUCGAGCGGCGCGGAGUGGAGGCGAGGCGAGACGCGGGGCACCCCAGCAGCGCGGAGCCCUGCGGCGCGGGACCCCCUCGGCGCGGGACCCCGGACCCCGCCAACGAAACUCGGGGACCUGCGCGAGCCCUGCGGCUGCCGCUGCUUCCGCGCACCCCGAGAGCCCCCGAGGGCGGGCGGUCGGGCGCCACCGUGGGGCCUAGCAAAGGCUUCUGCCGGGCAGAGCGCGGGGAUCGCGGCGGAGCGGCCAGGCGGGACCACCCGACCCCGGGACCCCCCCGGAUCGUCGCUCUCCUCCCUCGCGCGCCCAAGCGGGGACCGGCCCGGCUCGGCAUGGAGGCGGACGCGCAAAGCGAGGACGGGAGCUGCGUGCUGACGGAGAGCGACGGCGCCGACGCCCCUGGCGACGGAGACCCGGACCUCGUCGCCCUCGGCAAUCGCUUCCUCAGCACCGACGGCAUGGCGAACAGCACCGACGGCGACGGGGCCGGCCCCACCGGCAACGCCGGUGGCGGGGCCCAACGCUCCGUCUCGCUCGCUGAGACCACGGCCUCAUUGAGCCUGGGCUCGGUGAGCGACUACCACCCGCUGCACCACCACCACCAUCAGCAGCAGCAGCACGGCGGGGCGGGCGGCGCCGAUGCCCUGCACCGGCUGGCGGCGCUGGAGCGGCGGGCGCGCGCCCAGGACGACGAGAUCACGGUGCUCAAGGCGGCGCUCGCCGACGUCAUCCGGAGGCUGUCGGCCGCCGAGGAGCAGCAGCAGCAACAGCAGCCCGGCACCACCACACCCACGCGCGGCAGUCGCCCGUCUCUGUCCUCCCACCCGUCGCGCUCGAGCCUGCUAAGCGACGGGCCCCCCCUAACCCCCCGCAAACCGAAUUCGGGAUACGCCCCACUCAGCACCCCCUCACCCAGACCCACGGAGAACUGUACCCUGCGCAGGGAGGCGCGGCUCAACCGCUCGCGGUCCGUCACGGAGAACAGUGCAAGCAAGCGCAAGCAGCUCGACAAACCCAAGCCGGAGUAUUGCUCAGACAAGCGUCGCGUCACGUACUCACCAGAGGAGGGCUACGUGAAGAUGUUUGUGCGUGGCCGCCCCGUCACCAUGUACCUGCCCUCGCACCUCAAGGACGAUUACAGCCUGAGCCAGAAGGUGGCGCUGCCUCCAGACAAGCUCAAGCUCGAGUGGGUAUACGGCUACCGCGGGCAGGACUGCCGCUGCAACAUCCACCUGCUGCCCACGGGGGAGAUGGUUUACUUCGUGGCGUCUGUCGUGGUGCUCUACAACGUGCAGGAGGGCACCCAGCGCCACUACCUCGGCCACAACACUGACGUCAAGUGUAUCGCAAUACACCCUGACAAGGUCACCGUGGCGACAGGCCAGAUGGCUGGUGUUACCAAGGAGGGCAAGCCGUUCGCGCCCAAUGUGCGGAUCUGGGACUCGGUGACGCUCAACUCGCUCCACGUCAUCGGCACCGGCUCCUUCGUGCGCUCCGUCAACUGCCUCUCCUUCUCCAAGGCGAACGGAGGCCUACACCUCAUGGUGGUGGACGAUGCGAACGAGCACGUGAUGUCCAUCUGGAACUGGCAGAAGGAGGACAAGUUCAUGGAAAUCAAGUGUGCCGGGGACCCCGUGUUUGCGGCCGAGUUCCACCCAACGGAGAGCAACUCGAUCAUCACGUGCGGCAAGGGGCACAUGUACUUCUGGAGCAUGGAGAGCGGCAUGCUCACCAAGAAACUCGGCCUCUUCGAGAAACACGAGAAGCCCAAGGCGCUGCUGUGCCUAACGUUCAACGAGAGUGGCGACGCCGUCACCGGCGACUCCAGUGGAAACAUUCUCGUGUGGGGCAAAGGCACCAACAAGAUCAGCCACGUGAUCUCGGGCGCGCACGAGAGCGGGAUCCUGUCCCUGUGCCUCCUGCGUGACGGGACGCUCGUGUCCGGCGGAGGGAAGGACCGGCGCAUCGUCGCCUGGGACAGCGCCUACCGCAAGCGCCGCGAGAUGGAGGUCCCCGAGGCAUAUGGGCCGGUGCGCACGGUUGCUGAGGGGAAAGAGGAAGCCAUCUUGGUGGGGACGACCAAGAACUUCAUCCUGAGCUGCUCCCUCGACGGGGAGGUCAACCCCAUCAUACAGGGCCACACCGAUGAGCUGUGGGGGCUGGAGUGCCACCCGAGCCGCGACCGCUUCUUCACGUGCUCCUACGACAAGCGCGUGUCCAUGUGGGACGUGCACUCGCACCGCCUCAUCUGGAGCAAGUCCGUUGAGGAGGCGGCUCAGUCAGCUGACUUCCACCCGACGGGGACAGUGGUUGCGGUCGGGAUGCAGAAGGGAAAGUGGGCGGUGCUGGACGCCGAGACGAGUGACCUGGUGACCCUGCACACGGACGGAGCCGAGCUUCUCUCCGUCAUGCGUUACUCCCCAGACGGCUCAAUGCUCGCGAUCGGCUCACACGAGAACUUCAUCUUCCUGCAUGCAGUGAGCGAGGAUGGGCGGCGAUACACGCGGCUCGGCAAGUGCACGGGUCAUUCCAGCUUCAUUACUCACCUGGACUGGUCAGUGGACGGAGAGUUCCUCGUCUCAAACUCCGGGGACUACGAGAUCCUAUACUGGAACCGUAACUGUAGGCAGCAGCUGAUGGCGGAUACCAUCCGGGACAUCGAAUGGGCGACGUACACCUGCGUUUUGGGCUUCCACAUCUAUGGAGUGUGGCCGGAUGGCUCCGACGGCACGGACAUCAACGCAGUGUGCCGCGCUCACAACCGCGCAGUCGUUGCUGUGGCCGACGACUUCGGGAAAGUUCACAUCUUUGUGUACCCCUGCUCCCAGCCCAAGGUGCCGAGCCGAAUCUACAGCGGGCACAGCAGUCACGUGACCAACGUGGCGUUCCUACACGAUGACUCGUACCUGCUGAGCACGGGCGGCAGCGACACGUCCGUCAUGCAGUGGAAGGUGUGCUGAGGCUGGCGUUGGGGCGCCCCCCCACCCUCCGCAAAGCCUGCGCCACUUGGUUGCCCCCGCUCUCCCAUUGGUGGAGAAAUUCCGAAAACCGACCGUUGCUACUGCGUUGAAGAGGUAAACGGUACCGUGGAGGCGACGGCGAGCCCUCAUCCGUCUCGAUGGUGGCGUCGGUGCUGGGGAGGCCACGGCUUUGUUGUGCACAUGGGUGGGUGAGCAACCCCUCGCAGAGCCCCCCUUCCUGACCACCUUGACCCCCUGAACCUGCUUAUAGAGCCUGCCCCACACCGCACGGAGUUGGUGAACAAGUCGAUUAUUGUUGUAAAAACUCAACGGUGACGUUUUCGUGCGCUGGUCUUAAGUGUCCUGCUCGUGUCGGAUUCCUGUAAAUGUGUAGCUUUGCCUUGUGCCGUUGCAAAUGCGCCCCGGUUGUGCGCACACGUUGCUCGAUGUCGUUUUUGUAAACAAGGAAAUAUUUUCAAGAAAAUAAUAGCGGCUUUGCAAAGAAAAAAAUUAAAAACGAAAAUACCAGUGGUGUUUAAUUGUGGGGCGGAGGAUGUACAGUAUUUAGUAUUAAGGCGCAACUUGGCGUUGUCGCGAGGAGCCGUUUUAGAACGUAGUGAGUUUUGUUGGUGGCGCCCUAGUCCUGGUAACGGUAGCGUUGUAGUACAUUUCACUCCUCGGUUGUUCUGAUACAUUCCUGUGUCCGCCCCCCCACCCUGCCUCACCUGGCCCCCCACACCCAGGAGAGGUUGGGUUGAGAGUUUUGGGGCGAGAAGCUUAGGCAUUUUUACCUGGAAUGUGUUAAUGGGUUUUUAUUAAUUUAUGUUUAUAGUUUUUAUCGUGAAUCGUAGGGGGAAGCUGGGAUGAUGUUGAUGCACGAUUCGAGAAGAGGUCGUGAUGGCGCAAGGGCAUGGAGCCUGGUGGCUACAGCUCAUGUUUGCUUGACACUGAUGGAAUGCGAAGGAGGGGGGUGAGGCGGGGAUGACCAACCCUUCCCCUGCUUCAGGGUGGGAACAUCACCCCCCCCGUCCCCCCUCACGUCAAGUCACCCCUCACCCCCAAUCAUACCUUACAUUGCUGCCCCUUAGUCACUCUUCACUCCCCUUUCUCUCCCAGUCGCCCUGCACUCCUCACACCAUUGAAUCCUCGCCCACUCUCGCCAUAAUCCCCAGUCACUGCUCACCUCUCAGUCGCUCCUUGUUAUUCCCAGUCACCUGUUGUUGUGCACUUGGGUUGAGGGGAGGUGGAGCCACGUGAGAUGAGGGUUUAAAGGCAAGCACGCGCCGGCCACGUGAUGAUGCUUGUAACUAUGAUGAUGACCCCCCCUAUUUUGAUGGCGACUGUGACAAUGUUUGGUGGUGAUGUUGGUGAUGAUUGUUAGUGGUGGUUAAGACGAUGGUGACUGUGGUUCAUGUCGCACGCUCUCCCGAGUUCCACGUGAGAGGCUGAGCUGUUUUGCUCGUUAUCUGAGAAAUAAAGAAGACUUCACACGGUGA